CCUUCAAACCCCCGAAAAGAUGGCGAAAACCGCCUCCUUCAUCUUCCUCCUCUCGGUUAUUUUCUUCUUCCCUACAUUCUCACUCUCAAUCCGAGUCCCCGACCUCGGUCCCAUGCGCCCUGCGAUCGCGAGGUCUCCGAUCGAAAAUGUGGACAGGCUCAUCCGCUCGCUCAAUCUCGACCCCCGAGAUGCUAAUGAUGAUGCUAUUGGAAGAGGUUCUGAAGAUUUGGGAAAGCACAUUGUGGAGGCGAGCUCCGCUAGUGGCACCUCAGUUAAGGAGCUCGGCCGGCAUGCUGGCUACUUCAAAUUGAACCACACCCAUGACGCAAGGAUGUUCUACUUUUUCUUUGAAUCAAGACAUAACAAGGAGGACCCAGUUGUGAUCUGGUUAACAGGAGGGCCUGGUUGUAGUAGCGAAUUAGCUCUGUUCUAUGAGAAUGGGCCUUUUACCAUCGCCAAAAACCUUUCCCUUGAAUGGAAUAACUUUGGUUGGGAUCAGGCAUCAAACCUUAUAUAUGUUGACCAGCCCACAGGAACUGGUUUUAGUUAUAGCUCAGACAAGCGUGAUACUCGUCACAGUGAAAAGGGUGUGAGCAAUGACCUCUAUGAUUUCCUUCAGGCCUUUUUUGGUGAGCAUCCAGAGCUCGUGAAGAACGAUUUCUACAUUACAGGAGAGUCCUAUGCUGGGCACUAUAUUCCUGCAUUUGCAAGCCGAGUUCAUAAGGGAAACAAAGAUAAUGAAGGAAUUCACAUAAAUCUUAAGGGGUUUGCCAUUGGUAACGGACUCACUGAUCCAGCAAUCCAGUACGCAUCAUACACAGAUUUUGCGUUGGAGAAAGGAAUCAUUAAACGUGAUGAGUAUGAGUCAAUUAACAAGCUAAUUCCAGGAUGUGAACAAACUGUCAAAGAGUGUGGUUUAUACGGAAAUAACUCUUGUUCUCGUGCAUUACAAGUCUGCGGUCUUAUUUUCGGCCUCUCUCUUCGGAAUGCUGGAAAUAUAAACGUUUACGACAUAAGGAAGCAGUGCGAAGGGGAGCUUUGUUACGAUUUUUCAAACGUGGAAAAAUUCCUCAACCUGCAGUUUGUGAGGGACUCUCUUGGAGUCGGACGUAGGAAAUUCGUGUCGUGCAGCGGGAAUGUGAACGAGGCGAUGGUCACAGAUCACAUGAAGAAUUUGGAGCCGGGUAUCCCUGAACUCCUUGAGGAUGGUAUUAAGAUGCUUAUAUACGCCGGGGAAUAUGAUUUUAUCUGCAACUGGCUCGGAAAUUGGAGAUGGGUUCAUGCAAUGAAAUGGUCCGGUCAGCACGCCUUUGCGUCGUCGGCUAAUACAUCUUUCAUUGUGGAUGGCGUGGAAGCUGGGGUUUUGAAAACCCGGGGGCCUCUCAGUUUCCUCAAGGUACAUAAUGCGGGACAUAUGGUACCGAUGGAUCAGCCAAAGGCUGCGCUAGAGAUGUUGAAGAGAUGGAUGCAGGGCAAACUUUCUAACAAUUUCAAGUGGAACUUCGCCCAUGUAAAUUUUGCAAAUAAUUAAAAAAAAAAAAACCUUUUCGUGAUAAUGGCAGAAAGCAGCGGCGGGUGUUAUUUAUCUGCAAAAAUGUUUCCCGGCUAUUUCGGCCAAAUGUUGUAAAUAGUGCUCGAUCUGCUAGGUAGAAAUAAAUUAACCAUGUGUGGCGUUUUGCAGUUUUUUCUCUUCGGACUUUUUAGCUGCUACUAUAUAUAAAACAUAGCUAUUUAAAAAUAAGAAUGCACGAGUUAUUUUGCA